CGCAAUUUACAGCAUAAAUAAUACUAAAUAUUAGUAAUACUCUCAUUAUAAUAUUUAGUGGCAUUGACUUGAGGUCUGCCGGUGCCGUCAACAACGAAUGACUUAGGACUAGAUCUAGGUCUAGGUACUAAUUGUACUAUUAUAAUAAUUAUAUACUAUUACUAUACUAAUUACUAAUUAAGUAAAUUUGGAUAAAUACUAAAUAAUAAAUACUCUGCUAGUAUAGUAAGCAUUCAUUUAUUUCCUACCUUGCCAUUUCAGCAUUUAUUAUCUUUGUGGAAAGUGUGUUUCCAUUUAGCCUACUGAUCAGAGUGUCAGACAUUUAUUAUAUUGAAGAGUUCUCAGUACAGAAUGAGUAUGAUCAAAACGGUCCCUAACUAUUGAAUUGGUCCCUAUGAAUUUAUUAGUAAUUUUAGAAUCAUAAUUUUAAAAAAAAUGAAAUACUAUACUAUGGUCAUAGUAUAAUCAGUAUGACUAUGAGUAUGAGAACUAAUACGUCUAGUCCUUUCACUUUCAAAUAAUUAUGUACAAUUUCUAAUUGUUGUUACUUAUAUAAAUUAUGAAUAUUUUUAAAAACAUUGUACCAGUACUAAAAAAAUUAAGUGCCAGCCGUCUCUUGUCAUUUACUUUGAGAACAUUUCCAUCAUUGAGAUGCUCUCCUUCUUUAUUGAAAAAUACCUAAUGUCUUAUGAUAAUCAAUAACCUGUUAACCUAUUUUAAAUUCUUAACUGAAAUUCCCUGUACAAAAAUAAUCUGUUUUAUUGACACCUCUGAGGGGGAGGUUACAAGUUUAUAAUUUAAUAACCCUAAAAUACGAUCAAUGAUUAAAAUGACCUUUAAAUUAUGACGCUACACUACCCAAUUUAUUGUUAUUAUAUUUUAUAUGGUCCAUUUUUUUAUUAACUUUUUGGUCAAAUCCCACCCUAUGUCUAAUUAAGGGUUAUCACAAAUGAAUGUAAACUAUCCAGAUAAAUCACACAUUUCUUAAAAAUUCCAUCACUGCAUCAGCCUCAUGAUCCUUAAGUUUCAACAUUUAUUUUACUGUUUCAUUGAUUUGGUGCUGAAAAUUAUUUAACUUUUGCACAUGUUAAUCAAAGACAAUGCUUCCCUACACUUUGAUCCAUAUUUUCAAAUACUCAAAAGACCAACAACCCCAUGCCACACCAUCAUAACUGAAAUCAAAUUUCUGUAUUACUCAGAAUUUAGGCUUCUCAAAGGCCCAGAAAAAUUUCCUGACCCCUUCAGAGAUCAAGACCCAUGUUUGAAAACUUUUCUCUAAGAUAAACUAAAUGUCUUUUUAAUCCCUGAAAUAGCAUUAAAAUAUACAUGUAACUAAAUGUUCAUGCAUGUAGUAUAUUAAUAAAGUUUCAUAAUUUAAAUACAAUAUAGAUAAUUUAUUUAAAGAAAUUUUAUUCACUUUUUUUACAGUGCUUGUGAAUGAUAUAUGGUGUGCUUCACAUCCAUUGCAAUGGCUAAACCAAAGGAUGAGAUGAUACAGGCAAUUAAUGAAAAUGACAUUAAAAAACUUAGUUGGUUGCUAAAAAAGAAAAUGUGCGUCCCUGAUAUUAUUAUCAAUAGUCAUGGACAAACACCCUUAAUCCUUGCAGUUACUCUUGGGAAGAUUGAAUGCGUUAAAGUGCUUCUCAAAUGGAACGCCAAAGUGGAUGCAGCUGACAAGCAUGGCAUGACUGCUAUCAUGUAUGCAGCAGACUUAGGCUACCUGGAUUGCCUUCAGCUAAUGGAAGAUAAAGCAGACUUCAACAAGGCCGACAAUGAGGGCAUUACAGCACUCAUGCUGUCUAGCAGAUGGGGUAAAGAUGAUUGUGUUCAGUUUUUGAUCAACAAUCAGUGUAAUGUCAAUCAGCGUGACAGAGCUUGUAAAACUGCCCUAAUUCAUGCUGCAGGUCAAGGCAAAAGGCACUCUGUACAGUGUUUAUUGAAUUCAAAAGCAGAUGUUGAUGCUUUAAGUUCAGAGGGAUACACAGCCGUCAUGUAUGCUCUGCAAAAAAUGGAGAUUGAGACUGCUAAACUGCUUAUCAAAAGUGGGGCAAAAGUUGACCAGAUGGGGACUGAUGGUAAGACAGCUUUAAGUUAUGCCUUUCAAAACUGUCUGGGUGAUUUUGAAAUUGUUAAAUGUAUACUCAAGAAUGGAGCAGACAUGACAGUGUCAAAAACAGAUCAAUCCUAUCUGCAUGAAAUGAUCGCACGGGGUGAGAAAGAGAUUGUGAGGCUGAUGCUAAUUAACGGGUGUCCCCCCUUUGAUAGAAGAUGCUUCGAAUAUUGUUUCAGUUUCAUCGACUCCAACCACCAUGAGACCCCUAUUUCUCCAUUAUGUGUGGCCUUACUGUCAGGUCAGGAUGACUUGGCUCGUUACUUCAUUGUGAAUAAUUUUUUCACUUCAUAUGAUAUGUUUAUUCUUCCAAAUGAAACUGAGCUGAAGCAAAAACUGGAUGUCAGAGUGAGUCAAGCUAGUGAUACCACAUGUGUACAUGAUUACCUUCCAUGGCAUAAGCCACACUCGCUUUACAGGAUUUCUUUUGUUUUUGUUUGUGGUGUUUUAAACUCACGAACCUGUUCCACUUGCAGAAAUAAGGACAAGGAAUUGAUGAAAUUAAAAUUGCCAGAAAAAAUUAUUAAUCAGUUACUAUUUCAAAAAAGUUUAAUUCAUCUCUGCACUAAUUUUUGGCAUGAUGUUUCAUUAGAAGCUGACCAAGAUUUGGAAAACUGUCUUUGUUUCGACUGUGAUAAAGAAAGGAGAAGAGGAAUAAGGGGCAGACAAAUGGGUGGAUUAAAAAUAAAGUUUCUUUGAUUAUUAAGAAAGAGCUUGUUUGAGCGAAGGGAGGCCCAGUGAUACCAUAUGUGUAUAUUUCACAUUUAUUUUCUUAAAUAAUUUUACUUACAUUUUUGUUAAUUUAUUAGUGCUUUAAUUAUUAAGAUUUAUCCAACUUUGCUUUAUCUCCCCUGCUUUGUGUUAUCUCCCCUAUUUUUGUUGUUGUUUUACCAAAUCUGUGAUGGGUGUAUUUGGAUUGGAGCAAUAAGAUUAUCCUUGGGAAGAGUUCUACAUGAAAUUCUGGAUGCAAUUUUUUUAUACUUUUGAGAUGGCGAGUUAAACAAGAUCCGUUCAUCAUGAUUUUUAUUUUGGACAAUUAUGUGGACCUGGCAGGAUGAAAUCACAAAGCCUGUGAUUUUAUUUAGGAGGACAAGCUGGUACUCUGAACAGCAAAUCAUCUCCCUCCUUGCAUCUCCAUGCAUGCUCUUCAACACAGUCCUUACUGAGAGUUCCCAGUUUGGAUGGACACAGAAAGAAGUCAUACAGUGUGCUCUCUUUCGAAGCUAUUGCGCCUAAAUUAUGGAAAAAUUUGCCCCAGUCUUUGAAGGAAAUUUGAAUAUGAUAAAAAUUCAUUUUAGAAACACUUAAAGAAUUUUAUCUAUAAAUAGAUUUUAGGACAUCAGAGGACAUCUGUGAGCAUGCAACAAUAGCAUGGACACAAGCGCUAUAAAAUUAUUCAAUCAUCAUCCAUCAUCAUCAUCACGUUGGAUGAUACAGCUUGGCGCCAGUAGCUUCGCAAGAGUUAUCAUUGUGUCAUUGCCAUGCCGCUUUCAGGACUCCAUCUCCGGGUUGAAUUCAGAGUCCCACUCAACCAGGGUGCUGGUGCUGGUGAUGGUGCUGGUUUUUUUUUGCCUGACUUUCUUUUACUGGGGAUUGAGCUCCAGCCCACAAGCUUGGGACUGACUCAGUACUCAGCUUGGGACUGACUCAGUACUCAGCAUGGGACUGACUCAGUACUCAGCUUGGGACUGACUCAGUACUCAGCUUGGGACAGACUCAGUACUCAGCUUGGGACUGACUCAGUACUCAGAUUGGGACUGACUCAGUACUCAGCUUGGGACUGACUCAGUACUCAGUUUUGACGAUACAGCCGUGCAGCCACCAUCGGUUUUUAAAUGAUUAGCACCUGUAAUAUCCUAUUAAUUUAUGAAAUAUUUAUAAUAAAUGACAAUCAAUGUACCACAUGCAUUUUUUAAAAAUCAG